UCAGAGGAACAGCAGAGAUGAAGUUUUUUUCCCUGCUGCUGCCGAUCGCCUUCAGCUGCUGCUGCUCUGCUACAGAUUCUGCUGAUCCUCCGUCGAUCCGUCUGAAUUCUGACUUUCUGCCAAACCAAACCGAGCUGGUUCUGGAGGCUGGCUCCGCCUUCUCCCUCAGCUGUCAUGGUAACCUGUCGGUUCGGUGGACCAGCACGGCGUUCAGGCUGCUGUACCGGGACACACUGCCGGACCCGCUGGAGGUUAGGAGGUCGGACCCCAGACACACCGGAACGUACCUCUGUAGGUACAUCAACCAGAGCCUGGAACACCUGCACACCUGGAUACACCUGUAUGUCAAAGACCCGGCUGACCCCUCUAGCGUGUUCGUCACAACUCGCACAAGCGUCCCUGAUGUCAAGGAGGGCCAGGAUUUCCUGUUCAAGUGUCUGUUGACCGACCCGACCAUCACUAACCUCACCCUCCAAUCAGAAGAAAGCACUGGGACCAAGGGCCGGGGCUUGCCUCAGGGCAUGAACGUGACCUUUGACCCCCGGAGAGGAGCCCUGGUCCGAGAUUUGCAAAGGACGUUCAAAGGACGCUACGCUUGUUCAGGCUGGAAGGACGGGAGGGAGUUCAGAUCCACAGCUGUGGACCUGGUGGUGAUGCCCAGGCUUCGUCACCCCCCCUCCGUCUCUGUUAGUCAACAUGCAUCGGUCCAUCUGGAAGGAGAGAAGUUUGAGGUCACCUGUCUGAGCAGUAACCCCUCCCACUUCUACACCCUCACUUGGACACACACACACACAGAGACACUGAACGUCACUGUGAGCCAACGCUACGGCAGCCGGCUAUACAUAAACAGCACUCUGACAGUCUCACCUGUCAGUCUGACGCACAGCGGCACCUUCACCUGUACGGCGGUCAACGAGGCCGGAUCCGCCGCCGCAGAGACACGGCUCACAGUCCUGGAUGCUCCCUACCUAAGGGUUUACUUGCAGUCGCUGCAGAAAGCUAACACUAACACCAAGACCUUAGAGGUCAAUGAGGACUUAAGCGUUAACAUUAGCAGCUUGCUGCUGGAGGAUCAAGGAGAGCUACAAGCUAACAUUGUCAGUGGUUCACUGGAAGUGAUCGGGGAACUAAUUGCUAAUGUUAGCACCUAUAGAAUGGAUGUGAACGGGGAAAGCAGUGCAAACAUUAGUGGAAGUAGCACAGUAGAGGUGUUUGAAGGUCGAGAUGUGAUGCUGACCUUUGUGAUGGACGCGUAUCCUCCAAUCAGGAACCAGCACUGGACAACAAUAACAUUCUCCAACAACAGCACAGUGUACGAGGAGAGCUAUGGUGCUAACAGCUACAGGUCGGAGGCAAGCUUGCUGCUGCGCCGGGUUCGUCUGGAGGAUCGAGGUAGAUACUCGUUCCACUUUGCUAACUCGUUCUUCAACGGCUCGCAGCACAUCGACCUCCGAAUCUACUGUUCUCCGACUGCUGUCGUCAGUCUGGAGAAUGCCACUCUGACCUGCAGCAGCUCUGGAUAUCCAUUACCCAAAAUCCUCUGGUACACCUGCCCCGGGCGCCAGGACACUUGUGGAGACGUUUCCACCAAUCAGGUUCCUCCAGCUGCUGUGACCUCACAGGAAGAGGAAGUGAGGCUGACCCUGAAGUCACCUGCUGAUGAUGUCACUGCAGAGUGCGUGGCUUACAACCCAAUGGGCGUUUCCCGCCAUGCCUUUCACUCUCGUUCUGCAGCAGAAAGUUUCUCUCCAGCUCUGAUUGGCUCUCUGAGUGCUGCCGCUGUCCUCCUUCUGCUACUAUUGGUUGUCUCUUACAAGUGGAGACAGAAGCCCAGGUACAAGAUCCGCUGGAAGAUCAUCGAGAGCUCAGAUGGAAACAGCUACACCUUCAUUGACCCCGCUCAGUUGCCGUACAACCAACAGUGGGAGUUUCCCCGUGACAAACUGCGCCUCGGUGCUGUUCUGGGUUCAGGGGCGUUCGGGAAGGUCGUUGAGGCGACAGCGUACGGUUUGGGAACCGACAACGCUACGCGAGUCGCCGUCAAGAUGCUCAAACCGAGCGCUCACUCAGAAGAACGUGAAGCUCUGAUGUCGGAGCUGAAGAUCCUCGGCCAUCUUGGUUUCCAUGACAACAUCGUCAACCUCCUGGGCGCGUGCACUCGAGGAGGCCCCAUGCUGAUGAUCACAGAGUACUGUAGCCAUGGCGACCUACUCAACUUCCUGCGGAUUCAUGCUGCCCGGGGAUUUUUCUUGGAGGAUUUUAAGGGACAGAAAUGCUUUUUUAGAUCGAACACGCAGAGCGCCUCCAGGUCCAGAUGUUCUGCGGCAGCUGGUCCGCUUAUGGUUGGGGGCUGUAUGAGGAAGGAUGAACGAGAGGAUAACCAAUAA